AGGGGUGGGUGGUGGAGGUCCUGUUUGCCCGCCUCAGCGGUCCUGGGAGUCUCCUCAUCCUUCCUCCACGAGAACAAAUAAUGACAUCUGGAGCGGCGGAACCGAGUUUGUUUUAACACUUUCAUACAACACAUCAUCCAAGUCUUGGAUUUUUAUUUUCCUGUACCUAAAAAUAAGGCAAUCAAUCAAUGCUUUCCUGCUCGUCGUCGUCGCCGGUGGAAGGAUGCGAAGAGGAGGAGAAGGAGAAAGAGAAGCAGCAGGAGAAGGACGCGCACAUGCAGACGGAGCGCCACAGACUGACAGAGCAGAGGGAUGAGGCUGAGAGACAACUCCAGCACAUCAAGAGGGUGUCUCAGAUGGUGAUCGAGGAGGUGAGCAUUCUGCAGACUCAGCUGGAGAUCGAAAAGUCGUGUCGGGAGAAUGCAGAGGCGCUCGCCACCAAGCUGAACAGCGAGAACAGGAAAUUGAAGUACCUAAGCCUGACGUCACGGGUGCCAUGUGUUGAUGAGCCACUUCCCAGUAUCUCCGACGGGGUCGCUAUGGAGACCAGCGAUGGCGAGACAGCUUACGACAUUAAUGAGCCAGAGCCCGACACCUUUGAGCAAUACCGGCAGCAGGUCAAAGAGCUACGCGAGGCGGUGAGCAGCUUGUUGGAGGAGAAAAAGAAAUUCCUGUGCCAAAUUGACGACCAACGGAGAAGGAUCGAGGAGCUCAUCGACAAGUCAGCGCGAGAUGAAAAAGAUGCGAAGGACCUCCGCCACGCCGUCGAGAGGCACAGCAAAACCAUCGAGAGCUUCAAUAGAGUGUCAGCAAUGGCGACACAGGAGUACGAGGACAUGAAGGAGCAACUGGACUUGGAGCAGAGCCUUCGCGUCAAAGCCGAAACGUACGCGCACCAGAUGCUGGUGGAGCAGAAGGAGGCCAAUCGUCAGAGCGCCCUGCUCCUGCAGAGCGCUGAGCCGACAAUGCAGCUGCUCAGCGCCUUGGAAGAGGUCGCCGCCCUCACCAAGAAGCUGGAGGAGGAGCGGCUGCAGCAUCAGCGACAGGUGAGUGAGCUGCAGGCCGAGCUGGACGACAGCAUCGCGAAGAAGAACUUGGAAAGUCUGUAUAGACAAGUGGAUCUGCUGGAGGAGGAGAAGAAAGAUGUGGAGGGACGACUUGAACAGGCUGAGAAGGAUAACCAACAGCUGCAAAUCCAAAUCCAGCUGCUUCAGAGGGUCACCAUGACUACCGACACAGCACCCCCUCCCCCGCCUCCUCUCCCUCCUGGUCCCAUGGAAUCUGAGGUGGCUCCACCCCCCGCGCCCCUUCCUCAACCGCCGCCCCCGCCACCCCCGCCGCCUCCUCCUCCACCUCCGCCUCCCCCAUCCAGAUGCAACCCUCUCAGUUCUCUAAUCGCCAUCAUGAGGAAGACGUCCAAAGGCUCCAAAACGUCUCUGAAGAUGGAGCAACCAGCAGCAUCUGAUGACGCCGUGAAGGUGAAGGCUGUCAAUGAGAUGAUGGAGCGAAUCAAACAUGGCGUGGUGCUGCGGCCCGUUAAAAGUCAGGACAGCAAGCAGAGAGUUGCUGUCAAAAUACCUCCAGCCAGCGAGGAGACAUCUCAGGAGAGCGCCAUGGACGAACUCAAAGGCAUUCUGGAGACGGUGAAACGCAGUCCUAGCAGAGGCUCUCAGGAGGCGCCAUCGCCAACAGGGAGGAAAGACAGCGAGCUGGAAGUUAUCCUGAGAAGAAGGCGUAAUAAGGCAGGAGAGGCUGGAUCUGGAGACGAGCGUGAUGGUCACAUGUCGUCCUGCGAGAGUCUGAACGGGAGACGCGCCAGCAGCGAGUCGGGAAAAGACCCGGACGGUUCUGUCACAACAUCCAACUCCACGGUGGACCCAGGAGCGGUUGGGGAGAGGCGAGGCUCCGCUCCUGGACCUGUGGUGGCGAGGAAGAGCAGCCCGGAAAAACCGGGAAACUGGCGGGAAAGACGAUCUGGCUCCUCCGUGUGGGAAAAUGAAACGACCGACCGUCUUGUCGAAAACGGCUGCAAGCACAGUGUCACAAUGGAUGCCAACACAGCAAAAACGCCAAUCCGGUCCAACGGUGUUGAUCUCAGUGAGAAUGCGCAGGCCACCAUCUUUGUUGUGGGUAACAUGAAUGGUGAACACGCUGAAGGCAACAACUAGGGGGCGCUCUCAGGAUGUUUGCCUAAUAUGCACGUUUAAAUGACAAACAAUGCACAGACGCUGAUGCUGUACCCGUUUUACAACAAAUACAUAAGGUUAGGUUAGCUCGCUGUAAGGCUAGCAACCAACCAAACAAACAAACAAACAAACAAACAAACAAACAAACAAACAUAUAAUCCAAACACUGCUGUGCAAUUAUUCAAGAAAAACAUGUUUUUUUUGUACCAUGCUAACAAUGAUAGCCUGAUUAGUCACGUUCCUUACAUGGAGAUGCACUCACUGUCACAUAAUGCACAUAUACUUCCUUUACUUUGAUUUAUUUACUAUGCUAACUACUUCCUGGUAGAUCACAACUGACAUUCGGACACACAGCUCAAAAUAAAAGCAUGGGGGAUAAGCUGCUAUUACUCGUGACUCUUGUCAGCACGAUAAUCAGACAUCACAUUACAACUUGAUGCCUCCCCUCGCUGGCCAAUGAAAAAAAUGCUGGCUUGAGAAAAAGGCCUUAAAAAUAUUUGAUCUUUUCAUGUCUUAGAUAAAAAAAAUCAUGUGAGGUGUGUUUGGUUUGAGUGUGAUGCAGGCUGACCUUUUCUUUGUUGCACAACUGUGCACUUCGUGUUAGAUUGUGCUAAGUAAGGCCAUUUUGAAACGCUAAGAGUUAUAUGAAAAACAAGUUUAAAAUCCUAACCCUUCUUCACGAUCCUAAAUCCAGACUAGAAGCGCUUAUAUCGAUAUCUUAUCCUUGUUUAAAGCAAGGAUUGAAUCGCUACUCCUUGUUUUAAAACUCUAACCUUUGUUUGGAACCCUAAUGUGUAACCGUAAUUGUAAAAUAGUGAUGUCUUAAGUCCUGCCACAAUGUCUGCAUUCCCUCCCUUUGAUUUUGUCAUAUUUGGAGUAACUAAAAUCACUCAGCAAAUUGUUUUAGUGAUUAUAAAUUGAUUUGUCUGGUUGGACCUGCCGAGAGCCUCCUAUGCAUAUCGGGGCCUCCUGCAGGCCUCCCACACGUGGCUUCUCCUGCCAUUGCAAUUUUCUAAUAAUUACACUUUAUUUUAGGUUACUCUUGAUGUCAUGUUUGUGUGUGUGUGCGUGCGUGUGUUUGGGAUAAUACAUCAAUAUAUAAAGUGUUGAAUUUUUCUUU